GCGGAAAUGCGCAGCAGUCAGUGACGUCCGUGUAUCAUAUUUUUGUAUGGAUAAAAUUUUAAAAGCGGUACCAGACAAGAUUCAAGCCUCCAAGCCACCAGCACUGAAAGAGUUAAAUGUUGUGACAUUUUUCACUUGUAGAUGCAGCUUGUAAGAGCCUUGAGGCAUAUUUUCACACCCAGUGAGUGUUGCACUACAGAGCACAGCAGAGUGUCUCAGGGGACAGUCACACACACAGAGACACACACACACAGACAGCAAGACUGCAGGGAGAAAAAAAAAACCCGAGGUCUGCACACGUAAGAUUGGCUGUUAGCUGUCAUCAACUCACUGAAAGGUGGAAGUUUCACUAUAGAUCGUGUUGCAUCUACUACGCUGUACAAAAUGAGCAGAAAAGGAACUCCUCUAUGCAAGCAACAAUCAACGCAGAGCUUAGGGAAGGAAAUGCCGCGUCAGUUCACGAAGAUCUCUCUCCACGAGGUGGAUGAGAGAGUGCGACUCUUGGCUGAGAAGGUGUACGCUUCAGCUCUGAAGGAAGAAGAGACUAAGAACGCCUUGUCCAUGUUCACCGUCCCUGAGGACUGUCCCAUUGGCUUGCAGCAGGCCAAGGAGUGGGAGCUACGUAAAGAGAUAGAGGAGCAGAGGUCAGAGGAAUCUAUCAAGAGAAAACAGAGUUUCAAGCUGAUGCGAUCCCAGUCAAUAUCCUUGCAAAUCCCAGUUGCUCCAGACUGGGCAAUGUCUGUGAUUUCACCCCUGCUCACCCCGUCCACACCUAUAGGCCCUCUGCCAAUCAAUAUCCCAGAAUUCCAGAGGGUCACCAUCAGUGGAGACUACUGUGCAGGGAUAACAGUCGAGGACUAUGAGCAAGCAGCAAAAGCCCUGCUGACAGCACUCUUCAUCAGAGAAAAAUAUUCACGACUGGCAUAUCACCGCUUUCCCAGGACCACAGCCAGGUUUUUAAGGAGUGCCAAUAAUGAGAAAUGGAGUGAGGAGGAAGAAGUGCUGCCAGAAAGCUGCCCCGUUCCAAGUGAGGGUGCGGAUCCCUACAGUAUGGAAGACCUUCCACAGAAUCUGAACUACUCCCUGAGGAUGAAAGACGGAAUCAUAUACGUCUAUGAUAAUGAAGAUGCCUUAAAACGGGAUCAGCCACGGAGCUUGCCAUAUCCUGAUUUGGAAACCUUUGCUAUUGACAUGAGCCACGUCCUUGCCAUGAUUGCAGACGGACCAACGAAGACCUAUUGUCACAGAAGGCUUAACUUCCUGAUGUCCAAGUUCCAGCUUCAUGAAAUGCUGAAUGAGAUGGCAGAGUUAAAGGAACUGAAAUGCGUUCCUCACAGAGACUUCUACAAUGUCAGAAAGGUUGAUACGCACAUUCACGCAGCUGCCUGCAUGAACCAGAAGCAUCUACUGAAGUUCAUCCAGGACACAUAUAAGACAGAAGCAGACCGAGUGGUGCUGGAGAAGAACGGAAAGAAGUUGACCCUCAAACAGGUGUUUGACAAUCUAAAAAUGGACCCAUAUGAUCUCACAGUAGAUUCAUUGGAUGUACACGCGGGCAGACAAACCUUUCAUCGCUUUGAUAAAUUCAAUUCCAAAUACAACCCAGUAGGUGCUAGUGAGCUCAGAGAGAUAUACCUCAAAAGCGAUAACUACAUCAAUGGAGAAUAUUUUGCACGUCUCAUCAAGGAGGUUGCUCAUGAACUGGAGGAGAGUAAAUAUCAGCACGCAGAACCCCGUCUCUCAAUUUAUGGCCGAGCCACUGAAGAGUGGGAAAACCUGUCCAAAUGGUUUAUCAAGCAAAAGUUGCACUCCCCUAACAUGAGAUGGAUCAUACAGGUGCCCAGGAUCUAUGACAUAUUCAGAUCAAAGAAGAUUGUUCCCAACUUCGCCAAGAUGCUAGAGAACAUCUUCCUCCCACUGUUUCAGGCCACCGUUAACCCUCAGAAACACAAAGAAAUGCAUGUCUUCCUGAAACAUGUGACAGGGUUUGACAGUGUAGAUGAUGAGUCCAAACACAGUGAUCACAUGUUCAGCUAUAGGAGUCCAAAACCUGAGGAGUGGACCACGGAGGAAAACCCACCAUACACUUACUAUCUCUUCCACAUGUAUGCCAACAUCAUGGUCCUCAACAACCUACGAAAAGAACGUGGUCUCAAUACCUUUCAGUUCCGUCCUCACUGUGGUGAGGCUGGAUCCAUCACCCAUCUGGUAUCAGCCUUCCUCACAGCUGACAACAUCUCUCAUGGACUCAAUCUGAAGAAGAGUCCUGUCCUGCAGUACCUGUAUUAUUUGACCCAGGUGCCCAUUGCAAUGUCUCCACUCAGCAAUAACAGCCUGUUCCUGGAGUAUUCCAAGAAUCCCCUCAGGGAGUUCCUGCAAAAGGGCCUGUGUGUGUCUCUCUCCACAGAUGACCCGUUACAGUUCCACUAUACAAAGGAGGCCUUGAUGGAGGAGUAUGCCAUUGCAGCACAACUGUGGAAACUGAGCACAUGUGAUGUGUGUGAGAUCGCCAGAAAUAGUGUGCUUCAGAGUGGUCUGUCUCAUCAGGAGAAGAAACACUUCCUGGGUGAGAAUUAUCUACAGGAUGGACAAGAGGGAAAUGACAUCCGUAGGACAAAUGUGGCACAGAUCCGAAUGGCCUAUCGCCACGAGACCUUGUGCAAUGAGCUCAGCUUCCUAGUGGAUGCUGUCAAGUCAGAAGCUUUGGCUGAACAAGCCUUAUAAACAUGGCAGGGUGAUAGAUAGGCUAUAACAUGGGUCCAUAUGAGUGGACCAGACAUCAGCAUAAAACCUUAUCUUGCACCAGUCAUGGAAAUACAUCAUUCUGGUAGCAAGACAUGGAGCCAUGCGUCUUGGUGCCUUAUGAUGGACAUGUUUUGAGGGAGCAUACAUUUGUUACCUUUUCUAAUGAGGAAGUCUUCGGGUUUGUAACUUGAACAAUGUAUUCUUUUGUUCAGAUAAAUGUUUUAAGCCAAAAAAGGCAUUGGCAACUGGAAGAAAAAUGUGCCUUGAUAAACUAGUUUGUUUGCAACGAGUAUCUGGGGCUGUUAUUCUGUUGGCCAACCUAUGGGGUGGCAUUGUAUUUUUGUCACAAAAUCUUGUAUACUUGAACUUGCACAUUUUGUAUACCAACAGAGAUGGUUAAGCUGUUUUGAUAAGGACGUGGUAUAAUGACUUUUGAAAAAUAUGCCUGAAUGCUGUAUAUGUUCAGCAAUAUUUGAAUACUGCGUUCAAAGUCAAAUAAAUAAAUUGAUGUCAAAACAA